AUCCCUCUUUCAUGUACCCAAGUUGAACAAUAUAUCUCUCUUUCAUGUACCCAAGUUGAACAAUAUAUCUCUCUUUCAUGUUCCCAAGUUGAACAAUAUAUCUCUCUUUCAUGUACCCAAGUUGAACAAUAUAUCAGUCUUUCAUGUACCCAAGUUGAACAAUAUAUCAGUCUUUCAUGUACCCAAGUUGAACAAUAUAUCUCUCUUUCAUGUACCCAAGUUGAACAAUAUAUCUCUCUUUCAUGUACCCAAGUUGAACAAUAUAUCCCUCUUUCAUGUACCCAAGUUGAACAAUAUAUCCCUCUUUCAUGUACCCAAGUUAAACAAUAUAUCCCUCUUUCAUGUACCCAAGUUGAACAAUAUAUCUCUCUUUCAUGUACCCAAGUUGAACAAUAUAUCCCUCUUUCAUGUACCCAAGUUGAACAAUAUAUCCCUCUUUCAUGUACCCAAGUUGAACAAUAUAUCCCUCUUUCAUGUACCCAAGUUGAACAAUAUAUCCCUUUCACAUAA